AUGCUUUUAGCUCUACUCGUCGCCGCCGCGACGAGCUUCCUCUCCUUCGUUGUCCAUCGUGCUUUCUACGGACCUCUAGGAAACAUACCCGGCCCACUAAUUUGCCGCCUGACAUCCUUUUGGACCUAUUAUCACAGCUAUAUCGGAGACGAAUGCACACAGAUCAAUGGCUUGCACAAGACGUAUGGCUCUGUUGUCCGCAUUGCUCCGAACGAAGUUGUAUUUUCGGAUGGCUUAGCUUUGGCGCCCGUCUACUCUGACAAAGGCGGAUUCAUGAAGGCACCGUGUUACUCCAACUUUGACAUUGAGGGUCACUCGACCAUUUUCAGCACACUGGAUCCGGCUCACAGGUCAGUACGCAGCAAGGCAGUCCUUCCCAUGUUCAGCCUGGGAAACAUCCGGGCCAAUGGCCAGGACAAGGUCGAAGAGUGUGUGGCUAGGUUCAUCGCACGAUUGAAGACUGAGGCACAUGCCAGUAGAGGUGCUGCAGGAUCAGAGCCUGUGAAUGUGCAGAAUUUGACGCGCGCUCUCGCACUGGAUGCUGUAAGCUCGUACCUCUUUGGCGAGAGUUAUGGCGGCAUUUGCGAGCAGACCGACAGGUUGUCUGCCACUGCUUUCGUCGAUGCUCUAGUUGCCGUCGGUCGCUUCUUCUUCCUGCCAAAUUGGCUGUUCCUCUCACUGGAGCUGGCAAGGACAAAGUUGUGGCCCGAUCAAUCAGAGCACGAAAGUGCCACAAAGGUAGACUCGUUCACUGAGCAAAUCGUACGAGAGGCAGAAAGGACCGAUACGACGUAUCAAGGUCGCUUACUCAGAGCUGGCAUAUCACAACAUGAGGUUGAGGUACAGUGUAAGGACCUGAUCUUCGCAGGCACAGAUUCGACGGGCACCAAUCUCGCCACGAUAAUUUGGCACCUGGCCAAGCGACCUGACAUCCUGGAUUACAACCCGCAGAGUGUUCGCAUGCUCGAUGCUGUGGUCAAAGAAGGCCUACGACUUUCCAUGGCAAAUCCUACUCGAUUCCCGCGCACAGUAUCGCCCCAGGGCUUGCACUUCAAGGCUGAGAACGGUCCGGAGUACUUUAUUCCUGGAGGAACUCAAAUAGGGCUACAAGUCUUCACCCUGCACCUCAACCCGGACACUUUUCCAGAUCCUUAUGCUUUCAAACCUGAACGAUGGCUUGAGAACGUCUCGCCCAAGAUGCAGAGAGACUACAUACCAUUCGGUCUUGGCUCGAGACAGUGCAUAGCAAGAAACCUGGCCACUACAGAGCUACUUCUGGCAACUCGCGCUCUCGCUCGGGAAGGAGUCCUUGAAGGCGCUAAGGCUGUGAAGGAGCGCAUUGAGCUCCUGGAGUGGUUCAAUAGCUCGGUUGUGGGUGAGAAGAUAGAGAUCGUGUGGUGA